UUUAGGUCCUGGUUGUCAGACUACAUGAUGUAGGCUAGGCUAUGGGAUGCUGCUGCUUGCUGGCCUGCUAGUUUGACUUGUUUCGAACAUUUCUAUGUUGCGAAGCGGCUUUGAGGCGAAUAGUUUUUGUUAUCAUGUUUCCUGGCACCCAUAAUAACAUUGUUUGAAACACAAUAAGUCAUGGUUGUCUUGAAAUUUGUACUCUAAGCUCGGGUCAUCAUGGUCAUGGCGGAAGAAAUUUGUCGGUGAUAUGUGAGUGGAGGUGACCAGACAUUAUUUAUCUACUAAGUACUAGGAUCUACUUCAAGGAAGACGCAACCAGGAAGGGCAAGCGAGCACAAUCAACCGCUGACCCAACAGACACUGUAUUCAGCCAUGCACACCCAGUUUGUGCUUUUGGCUAGCAAUGGAAUGAACGUUAGCGAUGACUGCCCAUCAGUGUUCGGCGAGCAGAUACCGUAUACGUCGGAGGUGUUCGAAGAACGCCCACGAGCAUUUGCUGGUCUUGCUAUAGGAGCACUGUGCACCAUAACUGUAUGGGCUCUGCUCGGCGUCCAGCUACAUCGCAUUUCCCGCUACCCCGCCAUAAAGAGCCAGGCAUGGAUUACACGACACAUCAUCUUCUUGCUCGUGUUCCCGGUUGUCACCACGACUCACUUGCUGGCGGCCUUUGUGCCACGCGCCAUGGUCUUCUGUCAAUUCAUUGCGAACUUCUACAUUGCCAUAGUAUUGGUCCAGUUCUUCUUUCAAGUGCUGGCCUAUUUCGGCGGCGAGGAAGCAAUGUUGGCACAACUGAAAGGCUCUAACGUUGUACAGCCGUGCAGCUGGUGCUGCUUCUGCUCAAUGCAAUGCUGUCAGCGCGAGUUUACCCGGAAAACACUAACAAGAUUCAAGAGAUUCGUUUUGCAAUACUCCGUCCUCCAGUCGGCAACUGGUUUCUUAGGCACUGUGUUGGCUGCUAAUGGUAACUAUACACCAGGGGCUCUGAGCUUUUCCGACAGCUAUAUCUACUUGCAGGUAGUGCGUAUUGUGUCUCUUGGACUGUGCCUUGGCACGCUGGUGCGACUCAACUUGACGACGCGGAGAUUCCUCAACACUCAGUUUCGCUCAUCGGCCAAGUUCCACUCCAUCUGGUUUGUCCUGGUGCUGACAAACUUCCAAGGCCUGGUCUUCUCCAUUCUUGGACAUGCCGGUGCUUGGCACUGCACUCGUAUAUGGGCUCUACCCACUCUCAGUACAUGGAUAGAGCAUGUGACAGCUGUAUAUGAACUGACUCUCUUGUCGGUGCUGGCAUUCUUCUACGCCUUUCCUUCGUCGCUCUCAAUGGACGAACCUGGCUCAAGAAGUGUCGUUACAGGCGAGGGCACAUCUAUCUCUCAUCAGCUGGAAGAUGAAGGCACACCCCUGCUCUAGCUGAUUUUGAAUGUUCCUGUGUACUCCAACUUCAGAAAUUUGAGGUGCUCAAAAUGUUAGGUAUGAGGGCAAAAGACCAGGCUAGGUGAACAGAAACUUUCAGAGGUAAAGAGAGUUAUCAAAUAGAAGAAAAACACAUGGGGAUGAGUUAUGAAGCAACUAUCCGCGACUGGGACAAGAUAAUAAGCAUACAGUCGUGGAUAGUUUCUUCUAUUUUACACUUCUUAUUGGCUCAGUAUGUGAAGAGAAUUAGUUCCCUAUUGGAUGAUGUGGUGUGUGAGUGUUUGUUCAGCUAUUGAAGUUUUAGGUAUGGAAGAGAUGCACUGAAAGUACCGAAAAGAAAAGUACACAAUUUGUGACAGUAUAUCAGCAUCCAGUCUUUUUUUUCUUCCAUUUAUAAAUACACACACACACACACACGUAUAACCGGUUUUUUUCCUUCCUUUGAAUAUUCCACAGAAUCGCAUCAUUCUGAUUAACGACUUCGUGAUUUACAUUUGUAUUUUCAGUAGUGUGACUGUAUCUUCUUCUGCUGACUGCUGCCCACUGGAAAACACAACACUAGUACAAUGGGCACCGUUCUUGUAUUACCUCGCCCACGCUGUAAUAACUGCCCUGUGUCUGUGAGACUAAUUUCACGCCUACCUUUACUUGCUUAUUUAUACUUAAAGAACAGAGGAUUUGAAUAUUGAUGUGUAAAACUGUUGUCGAACAUUAGCACCUCUUUAUUGCCAUUUUAGAAUUGUUGUCUCCGAAAUCACCUUUUAAAUUAUUUAUUGUUUUCUGAUUAUUACAUCCAAACAUUGCUAAGAACAGAAGUUCAGAAAAAAUCAUGUUUCAUUAAUUUGAGCAGCUGUUUUCUGAAGUACAUGAUAGUAAUUUCACCCUGCUUCAUGGUGUUUCUUGAACAUUGA